UCUUAUUUCUUUUUAGUCAAAGAAGGCCGUAAUCUCAUUCCGAUGGACCCGAAUGGUCUUAGUGAUCCCUAUGUUAAGGUCAAACUAAUUCCAGAUGAACAUGAAAAGUCCAAGAAGAAGACGCGUACCAUCAAGGCUUGUCUAAAUCCUGUGUGGAACGAGACCAUCAAAUAUGAUCUCAAGCCAGAAGACAAAGAUCGGCGUGUACUUAUCGAGGUAUGGGAUUGGGACCGCACAUCGCGCAAUGAUUUUAUGGGCGCUUUGUCGUUCGGUAUAUCCGAAAUUAUUAAGAAUCCCGCGGAUGGCUGGUUCAAAUUGCUCACACAAGAGGAGGGCGAAUACUACAAUGUGCCAUGCGCCGAUGCCACACAGGAUCUACUUAAACUCAAAAGUCAAAUGCGGAAAUCAUCACAAAAGAAACCACUGGUGAUGCGUAGCGAUACAAACACACAGACACAAUCUAAAAAGGAUAUGAUACGUGCUACCGAUUUCAAUUUCAUAAAAGUGCUGGGAAAAGGUUCAUUUGGCAAGGUCAUGUUGGCCGAACGCAAGGGCACCGAAGAUCUCUUCGCCAUUAAAAUACUCAAAAAGGACGUCAUCAUACAGGACGAUGAUGUCGAGUGUACAAUGAUUGAGAAACGUGUUUUGGCUUUGGGCGAAAAGCCACCAUUCCUAGUACAGCUGCACUCAUGCUUCCAAACCUUAGAUCGUCUCUUCUUUGUCAUGGAGUACGUUAAUGGUGGCGAUUUGAUGUUUCAAAUACAACAAUUCGGCAAAUUCAAGGAGCCGGUAGCUGUCUUUUACGCAGCCGAAAUAGCCGCCGGCCUCUUCUUUCUACACAGUAAAGGCAUUUUGUAUCGGGAUUUAAAAUUGGACAAUGUUCUCUUGGAUGCCGAUGGUCAUGUUAAAAUUGCCGACUUUGGCAUGUGUAAGGAGAAUAUUAUUGGUGAUAAGACAACAAAGACAUUCUGCGGCACACCCGACUACAUAGCACCCGAGAUCAUUCUAUAUCAACCCUACGGCAAAUCGGUAGAUUGGUGGGCUUAUGGCGUCUUACUCUACGAAAUGCUCGUCGGCCAGCCGCCGUUCGAUGGUGAGGAUGAAGAAGAGUUGUUUGCUGCCAUUACCGAUCACAAUGCCUCCUAUCCGAAGAGUUUGAGCAAGGAGGCCAAAGAGGCGUGCAAAGGGUUCCUCACCAAGCAACCGAAUAAACGUCUCGGUUGCGGGCCCACCGGCGAGGCGGAUGUGCGUAUACAUCCGUUCUUCCGACGAAUCGAUUGGGAGAAAAUCGAGAAUCGUGAAGUGCAACCGCCAUUUAAGCCGAAAAUUAAACAUCGCAAAGAUGUCUCGAAUUUCGAUAAGCAAUUCAUUUCGGAGAAAACGGAUCUGACACCAACGGAUAAAGUAUUUAUGAUGAAUUUGGAUCAAACCGAGUUUGUGGGCUUCUCCUACGUAAAUCCGGACUAUGCGGUGCCCGUUUAAAGAUACUGAAACUCCGCA